GGUACUUGUACAUGCUCUAUAAACUCACUUACCUAGGCAAACCUAGACAAACUUACCUAUAGAAGGAGCUGAAUGCGUACAUAGUUUAGGUAGGUACUUUAUAUCAUUUCAUCAUUUCAUCACUUCAUCACUUCACCAUUUGCAACACUCAUUGUUCCAGCAAUCUUCAUGCUUUCAACGCUUUCAAUGCUCUUAUCAAACAGAUACUAUGGAUAUCAUUUAGGAACUCACGAGCAUCAUAGAUUUCGAAAGCCAACAAGCAAAGAUGACGGAGGCUUCGUUCCCACGUCUUCCCCCCGAGAUUCGGGACAUGAUUCUCAAAUUGUUGGUUCUGCCAGCCAGGAGAUUGAAAUGGGGCAACCAACUCCUCCAUUCCGCCUAUGCCACCGUCUGUAAACAAUGGCAGCUCUUCUUCGAGAGAAUCAACUUCAAACACAUACACUUGCUCACCCGCUACGACGUCUUUUGCUUCGGAGAUAAAGUACAUGGCCGUAGAAGAUGGUAUGUGGAGUGGAUCUGGCUAGAUGUCCAACUCCCCCGGUACGAUUGCUCUAGAUGUAAGACACGGGAGUCGGACGAGGAGAUACGGCGACACAACAGGAUGUUUACCAACAUGUUCUGGGACCUUACUGAUAUUCUAGCCUACUGGGAAAGGACGGAACCCUUCAUAAAUAGAAUGAAAGGCCUGACCCUGGAGCUCAGUGCCCACUCCGUGGAUGAUCAGUGUCAUUACUACAAGGAGCUAGGUGCUCGGAUGGAUGACACGGCAUGGGGUGGCGUCGGGGGCUGGUAUGGCUUGCUGCGGAAAUCCCGUGAUAAUGCACACAUGUGGAGAGAACAGCCAGCUUCAGCUCCUCGAGUCCCCUUCCCUAACGAUGAAACCAAUCUGCGAGUCUUCGGACCUCCUAAGGGGCUGAAGUUCGACCUACUCGCCCCCGCCGUUCGGAAGAUGGAAGAGAAGCUUCCCAGGGCCAAGAUCGUCAAGGGGCUUGUUAUCCGACGACAGUUCUACCGGGGGUUCUCCGUCUCGCACACGCUGCUGCCCAUCAUGAGAGUAUUCACCAGGAUCGAAAGCUUCGUAUUCGAACCCUGGCGUAGCCUCGAAACUGAACAUAUCCAGCCCCACGGCCAACCCAUCCUGGCGCAGGCUAUUCGGGAGGCAGACUACGACAUCCUCUUCAACGAUCUGAUCAAGUACGCCGGAAACCUGAAGCGGCUGACGAUCUUCGAAAAUCACGACAGCAGGCUACACCGCACCACCCACAAGCUACUCGAGCACCCCCCUUCUCCGCCUGGCGGCCACGGCUUCCUGCUCGCGUGCUCGAGCCUCUACCUCGAGGAGCUGUACGCCUCGCUCAACGUUGAUGCAUGCCAGUUCUUCAGCCCCUUCUGGCCCGGCGCCGUCUUGAAGAACGCGGCUAUAUUAGCGGCGGAUCUGUGCAAGUGGCACUCCCUGAAGCGGCUAUCGCUAUCGUCGCAGUCCGCGAUAACGACGCCCGGCGACGGCUUGCCAUACGACGACCUGAUCCGGGCGGCGGGCGCUGCUGCCAUCAAGAUGCCACUGCUGGAAAUCAUGGAGCUUUGGGGAUGUGAUGAUCACACCGCUGGGGUUUUCCAGUACCGGCGAAGCGUUCGCCGGGCUGCUGCCACCACGGCCACGCCGCUAGAUAGUGGUCCCCGGACCGAACAAGCGCGUAUCCGCCUCCUAACGACGUGGGGAGCCUGGUUCAGCGACGACGCCAUAGCGGCAUGGAAGAAAGCAGCAAACUCGCACGGGAAAGAGCUCGAGGCCGUGGAGGCGAGAACGCUGAAACCCAAGUUCUUCCGGGAGCCCUCGGAUAUACUGGGCCUACUCGAUCUCGGGGACUGCUUGAUGACGCGGACGUCGGCGCAGCAGAUCAUGUGCGAGUCGCUCGGGGUUCUGCUGCCGCCGGCGAGGGGGGGUCUGGGUUGCUUCGGGAGCUCUUAUGAGUGGGCUUUGGAGAGGGUGGGUGGUGGUGGUGGUGAUGGUGAUGGUGGUAGGGAUGGGGGGGAGGAGGGGAAUUAUGUUUUGCUGAGUUGAGUUAAGGGGUGGGGGUGGGCAGUUUGUUGCUUGCUUAGGGGUAGUGGCUAGCCAUUGGUUGUUGUUGGCGGCAGGGGAGGUGUAAAGGGAAUAAGGCUCCGCGAGGAAGGGGCCUAUCAACUAUCAUGACUUUGCUAUGUUUUUAGAGCAGCGAGUACUGGGUAUACAUUAAUACAUGAAGUAACAUGAA